AAUAGCUACUGCUACAGAAGGAGAAGCUGCAGACGGUCUAUCUCUAAAAUCUAAAUGGCUGGCUAAUUUCCUGAAACCUAUAUAUGCAAGAUCAAAAAAUAAAAUAAAGUUGAUCUACAUUUGGUGAACUUCCGAAAAUGAGGUGCAUUGUACCGGGCUGCAGUAACACGAACACGUCUACACGUUUUCAUUCUUUUCCUCUGAGCAAUGGCGCUUUGUGCCGGUCAUGGCUGCAGUCCAUCCGACAUCCCACCUUCUUGUCCGACACAGAUGUUAAAGUUAUUAGACAAGAACGACUGAUGGUGUGCAGUGAUCAUUUUGUAGUGGCUGACUACAAAGGCAGAUGUUUGAAAGACGGCGCUGUUCCCUCUGUCUUCCCAUGGACAGCAAUACGGGUGGAAAUGUUAUCCCUGCCAUUCGAGGAGAAGUGUGAAAAAGAUGACACUCCACUCACUGUCUGCUCUCAAACGGACAAAGGACCAAAUCAGCAAGCUGUCAACAUCACCCAGACAUCUCAAGGACACAGCAUUCUGAAGAGCAGUGAGGUGUUGGUGAGCGUUCAGUGUUUGCUGGAGCUCUUCAAGUGUUGCUCUGUGUGUCUUGUUGAGUGCUGCUUCACAGUUGAAGGCCAUGAGAGGCUGUUUUCAGUCACCCAGGACUGUCAGAGCUGCGGUCACCAUAGAGUGUGGAGGAGCCACCCCAACCGGACUGAACAGCCUGUGGAGACCCUACCUGAAGACGACAAGUGUAGGGAGAACCUCUGUAAAGAAGACAAGGAAUGUGGGGAGACUUUUCACCAUUCACAGGAGGUCGAGGAUGCAACCUCACACCCAGAGGUAGAACACACACUGGAGCCAGAGGAUGACAAUAGCGAGGAGAGUAUGGUGGUGGUACCUCAUCGCAUGAAGUCCAAAGAGGUGUCGAUGGAAACGAAACACACCAUAGUGAACCUAAGAAGUCAAAAGAAGUCAAUCAGAGAAAUAGCCAAAGCAUUAGGUUUGUCAAAGUCCACGGUCGCAUACAUUAUCAAGAAGAAAGCUAGCACCGGGGACGUAAGCAACAAGAAACGAUGUGGCCGACCAAAGAAGACUACUGCAGAAGAUGACCAGAUAAUCCUCUCCAUUAUGACAAAAAAUCCACGAACACCAGUCCAGCAGAUCAGGAACACGCUCAGGGAGGUGGGAAGAGAAGUGUCCGUAGCUACCAUACGGCGAAAACUGCACUCGCUCAACCACACAAUAGAAACUGCGUUCCUCCACAACUUAAAGGCAACAAAGUAGCUUGCCACGCUGCUUCUCCUAGUUUGAGUUGAGCAUUAUAGUUUAUGCACUAAUGUAUUUAAAAAGUAAUUGUGGUACUGAUGACAGUAUCACUGCAUGAGAAAUUGCUGCUAGACCAAAAAAAGGAUGAACAGUGUGAUGAAUUUCUAGCCUAUAAUGCUUAUUGAAAGACUGUAGAGAUUUCUGGAGGACAUAAAUACUUUGGCUGUUGUCUUCAAAACAAAAGCUGGAAAUGCUGAAAAACGUUCUCAACAGUUACGGUUGCUGAGGCAGUGGAGUAGGCCAGUGAAACUGAGGUAGGCAGACCUAAUCUCUCCUGCUUCUGCUGACACGUUUGAACUACUUUAAGGGUUUCCCUGUAUGCCAUGGAGACACAUGUCAAGGCUUCAUGCAAAGAAGUGGUCCGUCAGAGCUGCAAGUUUCCUGACAUGACAUCCAGUUCGUUGUGGGCACUCGGCUAGUAUUGGACAUUGAUGGGUAUAUCAACUGGCGGAAUUUUGUUUUGCUGCUGCACUUUAGAAAUGCACUAAGCCUAAAAUGGCUCUGGGAAGGGCAUCCUGUACCCUCUGUUGGCGCUUUCCUUUCCAGCCAGGCAUAUGUUUGGGGCAUGUUUGUUUGUUGGGGGCCCUUUUUUUUUUUUUUUUUUUUUACUUUAGAUGGUGUUUGGAUGGACAUGUUCAAAGGACAGGGUACGUGUAACACUUUGUGUGAUAUGUACUAACAGUUUAAAAAUGUCUGUCAGCUGUUAAAUUACAUGUUAAAUUCAACAAAUACCUUGGUCUUACUGUAGCGCUGUACAUCUGAUUUGCAGAAUAGUGAUUUUAAAGUAAACAAUAAGAAAAUAUAUUUUUGUAUGUUAUAUAAUGUAUAAUACUGAUGAACAGUAACAUCCUGUAACAGUUCACAAGACU